AUAAAAAAAAAUAUUUCCUCUUGUUCACUUUCUUUAGAAGUCUAUAGUGUCGGCUCUGGUCGUUAUAACUUUACCUGCAAGAAUGGCACAUUUAACGUGGAGCACACAAAUACACAAGCAUUGCAUGUUUACACAUUGCACAUAGAAGGAAUAAUCACAGGUACUUACAAAAAUAGUUAUUCAUACUAAUUAUUUUGUGCAAUAGAGAAUAUUUGUAUUGUAUUGAAUUAUUUUUUCCAUGCUUAUGUAGAAUACAAAAACGAAAUAGCUGCAAAUUCAUCUAUAAACUUAUAACUAAACUUAAACUCACCUUAUGUGAGAUAUGUGAGUGAAUAUUGUUGGUACUGCAUCUUUAUGUAAUAUUUUUGUUUGGUAUCCUGCUUGAUAGUAAGCAAGAUACAUCGAAAUGUAAUUAGCACAGGCUUAAAUAAGGAGAAGGCGUCCUUCAGAAGAGAGAAUCAUCUCGUUUCAUGGUCUGAAUCUAAUUGUUUCUUAAUUUCUUGUUUCGUAAAUUAGGAUAUUUAGGAAAUCUGGAAAAUACAAUAUCUUUAUGUAAUCUUCAUCCAAAUCGGAAACAGGUCGAAAAAUAAAUUAAACGUGAAUAGAAUAACACAACAUGUAGAUGUUACAUUCAAACAUAAUACCUAUUAUGUUAUCGACAUCAAAGGACAACACUACUUAUAAUACUUUGGGUACAUGAUCUGUCAAAGCUGAUUAACGUAAAAUGUGAAAUCAAUUAUUUGUACAAAUGUGACGGCUUUGCUGAAAAUAUGCGUCUGCAUCGUGUUUAGGGCUGAAUAAACUUUACAAAUACCAGACCAGGUAAUGUAUUUCUUGCACACAAACAUGUAUUAUGUGGUCGAUAACUUACCCAUGGUGAGACAUAAUUGGAUCGUUCUCCAUUAUAAUACCCAUUCUACUCUCACAACCAAUAGCUUCGCAAGCCAUGGUUCAUAAUGAAUAACUAUUUCACAGAUUUUUUAUAUAAAAAGUUAAAAUAACGUCCCAAAACACCAAAAAACUAACGGCAGGUUUGGUAUCCAGCUGGCUACCACAACAUCUCAAAACGGUCAACACUGACGUUCUAGCACGCCGUGAAAUCUGCGUAGAACGAAUGUUGUCGAUAGGCGCCAUAUUUUUUAACGAUGUAUGACAAAUUGUGCUGGCCUGUGAUUGGUUAGCGGUGACAGCCAUCUUUAUCGGCCAUCUUUACCGGUGUACUGUCAAAGAUGGCCGACACAGAUGACAAACUGUGUGAUCGAGUGAAGUGUAUUUGUGCUUAUCUUCUCCACUUUAUCUUGUAAUACAAAGCCCAGUAUCUUUUCGCAUGUAUUUUCUUUCGAAAAUGUAUCGCGAGUGCUGUGUUUGCAAAAAUUCGUGACCAGGCGCUGUUUUCAUUGCAUCAUUUUCCAUGCACCGAGAAAAGACUCAAUAAGUGGCGGAAGUGUCUCGAAAACGAAAUUAAUUUAAAAGAUACACCACGAAGUGAACUUUUGAAUCUCUUUGUGUGUAAAUCGCAUAUUAAAGGGCAUGGAUUUAUCCCGUCUAAAUCUAAAGAAGUGUGUGCCUCCGAUGUAAAAACCAUUUCUUGCAUUACGUAAAAAAUAUUGUAUAAAAUUAAAAAAUAAAUAAUUUAAUGAAUAAUCUCUCACAUGUUUUUAACCCUACAAACCAAGCCCUAACUUAAAAAAAGAGGUCAUUAAGUCUUGUUUCUGGGUUCGGUAUUAUUUUCUACAGAUUUUACGUUUAUCUGGGACUUUGAAAUAAGUACUUACUUGUUUCAAAGUCGAAUUCAAAUCUGUAGAAUAAUACCGAUUCCAGUUACAAGACCUUUUCUUUUGAACGUCCCUCUCCUGUACACUAUGCCGCAUGACGCGUAGUCCUUUGCCAAGUAAAAUUCGAUUAUUAAAAAAAACCAACUGUCAUGUAUCAUUAAAACCAAUCAAACAAAACGUUAGUACUAGAGAUGUUCGUCUGAUACGUAGUAUCUCUUACUAGUCUGUGCGUUCUAGACAGCGGUGUUUGUCUAUGUUUGUUUCUUUUUUUCACAGAGAUUGUUGCCAUAGGGAAGAACGAGAGCUGUGAUAGUUUGAUCGUCACUCUAAAAUAUUAUCUGUCUAUUCUAUACAAGGUCUUUGCUUAAAACUGUUUCGCGCUCAAUAUUAUUUCAAGUGUCCUGUUUUGUGUGCUACCUUGCCUCCUAAAAAAGACCUCUGAGAAGAGAGAAAAAAAUACAUAUUAGUAUACAGCUAUCUCUGUCAUUCUUAUUAACCAAGCAUAGUGUGCAAAAAAAACGUCAUCCAGAAUUUGAAAACCGAACGUAUGAUUUGACAUUUAUAGCCGUUAGAUGUUUUGAGUUUUUGUUCCCGAAAGAAAUAAUAAAAAAAAGACUUUAAUUCAGCUAUAUUGGGACAGAUUUUAAGUGUAAUAAUGGUUGGUUGUCUUUGUUAAAUGUGCAAACAAGAUAAAUAUUAAGAUAACGAAACAACUUCAGUGAAAACAUGGGAAGUAAUACGAGUAAACCCAGCGGCGACGCAGCUGUUCUUAAGCAAAAAAACGACUUGGAUAUUGAUGCUAAUUCUGAUCCCAGAUCUCCGACUCCUGAGAUAACACGGACUCCGUUACAGGGAAAGACCGGGUCUAAACACAAUAUAACUAAAAAUGCUGACUUGAGGAAAACCUUCGAGAAUUCCAAAGGUGAUGAAAAACUUAUCCGUAACAACCCAAUUCUAUCAGCUGUAAUAAAAAAUCAUUUACAGUCGUAUGAUCCUCGCUCACCAACACAGGACUUUGAACGAACACCUAUCAUUAUUGCAACUAAAAUUGAUGAGCUCACAAAUGACAAACAGGUACAGAGACUUGAAAAUGGCGGGAGUCCCUGCCUCAGAAAAGAUGAUAAUGAGGAUAACUAUGAUAGUUGUGCUGAAGCUCAAGAAAGUCCAGAUUUGAUGGUGCCUAAAAAUUUGUGCAAUGGUUUCUAUGACUUGACUCUUAAUGAGAGUAUUAAAGAAACUGAUGAGCCAUUAGGAUCGUCUACUGCUUCAAAUGAAGCUUUAGAGGAUAAUAUGACAAAUCAAAGUGCUGAGAAACCAAUACAGUUGCUUGAAACUAACUUUGAUUAUGUUGAAGCAGAGGUUGACCAAUUUGAAGAUAGUAAUGAAACGGAUCACGGCGCUUGUGAUAAGGAGUCAGUUGAAGAUAGUGAUCUAAAAUGCAUUCCUCAGUUCAAAAUCCUGGAUGAGGAUCCUAGAUCACCUUCUGCAGGUAUUGAGAGGACACCUAUAGUUGUUGCUAAAGUCACGGAGGAUGCAGGUGCAGAUAAUGUAGAGGAAAUGUCAGAUGACACAUUGAUUAAAGUUUUACAGAACACCAAUGCAGAUCUCCGCCAAUUAGUUGUUAAAUCUACAAACGAGGGAGUGCUUAUCUAUGAAGAUGAAGCUAAUGAUUUAUUGAAUACCCCUAAAAAGCCUAAAAAUGGCUCUUGUAGUGGUUCUAGGACACCAUUAUCUUGCAUGAAAAAUAAAACUGAUACUGGACACACUCGAUCUAAGUCAGCUAACAUGUUAGAAGAUUCCAAGGACCAGCAACUAGCUAAGGCUAGACGGGUAUCUCAUAUUCCCCGGCUGAAAUCUUUGACUAAACAAACAAAACUAAUGCCUACGGGAAGCACAGUCUCAUUGAAAAGUCUGUCAAAGAAGGCUGCCAUUAGUGGAGAUUGUGAGAACACACCACCACACUCACAGCGUGAUAAGUGGGAUAAAGACAAUAGCAUUGUUCUGUGAGAAAAUCAUUUGACAAUAUUAUUAAGCUAGUAUAAUGAAACUUUGGAAUUGUUAAAUUUACAAUGUAAUUUCAUAACUGUUUAUUGUUAAAUAAUAUUUGGUUAACAAUGUUCCAAUUUGAUUUCUCAAAUAUAUUGACAUCAUGAUAUUGACUGCUAUUUAGUUAUUUAAGUACUUAUUAUUCUGCUAAUAAAGCACACAUGCUUUCAUUUGAAAUAUU